AUGAUCUUCGCACACAUAAAUCCUACGCGCAUUAACAAAUUGCAAGUAGUUCAAAAGCCCAGCAUCGCAGCAAACUACCAACCGGACACAAACGCGAACGUAAACAAGCGUCGCCCGCGAAACGUCCUCAUCGACCCGGUCGACGAAGAGGACUUAGAUACGAUGGACCCACCGCCGGGGGUCCCGCCGGAUAACACUACACCCACAGUUAGUGUAACAACAAUCACACCAGUUCGCCCUCGCCUCCGAGCACGGCGAGACCCAAACAACGCGUACACAAGGUACACCCGCGUUCCGGGGCGGUUCUCACCGCUCCCAGCCACCGAU